AGAAAGCGGCGCCGUGAUUGGAAGCGGGGAGGGAACCACCGAGAGGGGCGGCUAGAGCGGCCCGGGGGGGGGCGGGACCCGCGGCGGAAGUGCGCGGCGUCGGGCCGGAAGUGCUGCGAGGAGGAGGCGGGGGCAGCGGGGCCGCCGAGGCGCAGCGGCAGAAUGACACGAUGGACACGGGCAGCUGCCCCCUCCUCCCUGAUAGCGUCCUCUUUGAGAUCUUCCUCUACCUGGACCACACGGACGUGCUCUCGGCAGGACUGGUGUGCCGGCAGUGGCAUGCUGUGGCCCGCGAUGAGUUCCUCUGGAAGGAGCUCUUCUACCGCUACUACCGUGUCUCUCGGGAGGUGCCCCGGCACCCAGCUGCCGUCUCCUGGUAUGGCGAGUUCCAGCGGCUCUAUGACACCAUCCCGUGUGUGGAAGUGCAAGCCCUGAAGGAGCACAGUGACCAGGUUUUGCACCUCAGCUUCUCCCACUCUGGCGGUUUGUUUGCAUCGUGCUCCAAGGACUGCACCGUCAAGAUCUGGAGCAAUGAGUUGGACAUCUCCCUGCAGCACAGCUCCAACAUGAGGCCAUACAACUGGAGCUACACGCAGUUCUCCCAGUUCAACUCCGAUGACUCCCUCCUUCUGGUAUCGGGUGUCUUUGUGGGGCCUCACAACUCAUCAUCAGGAGAGAUUGCCGUAAUCAGCAUGGAGAACUUCACGCUGCUUUCCAGGGUGAGGAAUAAACCCUAUGAUGUGUUUGGCUGCUGGCUGAAUGAAACCAACUUGAUAUCCGGCAAUCUGCAUCGGAUUGGGCGUAUAACUUCUUGUUCCGUGCUGUGGCUGAACAACGCUUUCCAGGGUGUAGAGUCAGAGAACGUGAACGUAGUGAAGAGACUGUUCAAAAUCCAGAACCUGAAUGCCAGCACUAUCCGGACUGUGAUGGUGGCUGACUGCAGCCGGUACGAUUCUCCGGACCUGCUCCUGGACUAUGAGGAGCAGUUGGCUGCUUCCUCCACCUGUCCCAUCUUUGAUCUCGGCACUGACAGUGAGGAGGAGGAGGCCAAGCCCAAGCAGACUCCAGAGCCGGCAGCACAGGAAUUGCCAGAUGAAAGGGGUGUGAUGGCAGAGGACGGGCUGCAGCAGUUCUUUGACGACAUCAUGGAAGACCACACACGCCCUGCCAUGACUGAGACGGAGUUGGAGACAAAGGUGGCUGAGCUGUUUGUACGCAACAGAACUAAACCGCCAGAGCUGAACCUGCUCCCCACGGACAGUAACAGCAAGAUGAAAUACUUAAUCUUCACCACCGGCUGCCUCACCUACUCCCCGCACCAGAUAGGCAUUAAAAGGAUCCUGCCCCAUCAGAUGACAACUGCCGGGCCGGUGCUCGGGGAGGAGAGGCGCUCAGAUGAGUUCUUUGACUCGCUGGAUCAUGUCAUCGACAUCCAUGGACACAUCAUUGGCAUGGGCCUCUCCCCUGACCACAGGUACCUGUAUGUGAACAGCCGGGCCUGGCCUCGCGACUGCGUCAUCUCUGACCCGAUGCAGCCGCCCCCCAUCGCCGAGGAGAUCGACCUACAUGUGUUUGACCUGAAGACAAUGAAGGAGGUGAAAAGAGCCCUCCGGGCACACCGGGCCUACACACCCAACGAGGAAUGCUUCUUCAUCUUCCUGGAUGUCAGCCGAGACUUUGUAGCGAGCGGGGCAGAAGAUCGGCACGGCUACAUCUGGGACCGACACUACAACAUCUGCCUGGCCAAGCUGCAGCAUGACAACGUGGUCAACUCGGUGGCGUUCAGCCCGGUGGAGCAGGAACUGCUCCUGACGGCCAGCGAUGACGCCACUAUCAAGGUGUGGCGCUCCCCUCGCACUGUCCGUGUCCAGCAGGCCAGGAAGCCCCGGCCCAGGAAGCUGCUCUUCUCCUGGCUCCUGAACCAGAACAGCUGAACCCAGGUACGCCAGCUCCUGCAGCUUCCUCACUGCAGCCACCACCUCUGGAGCUCGCAGAGCCUGGAGCCCUGCACACAGAGACCAGCUCUGGGCACACGAAUCCCAGCUGCCGAGUCAGGAUGGACCCUGGCAGUGGGAAUUGCUUCCUCCUUGGAGCAUCCUCUUCAAAGACAGAGCAUAAGAGCUGAGGGCCUGUCCUGGGGCCCAGGCUGGUCACUGCAGGGUGGGCUCCCCACAGCUUCUCACGAACGCUGCUGCUUGGUCACGGCUCUUGGGGUGAGCAUUGGUCUCUUGGAACAGAGAGCGGCACGUUGCCAGCGUUUAUUCUGUGUGAGCCUGGGAUGUGGCUGGCCUCACCAGGAGCUGCUGGCUGCGGAGCAUGCGGCAGCGCUGCGCUGCCGGACUGCAGGACUUGUAAUGCCAUAUUUUAUUGAUGUUUGUUUGUCCCAAACCUCCACGGGCAACUCGUCUGGCUGCUGUGUGUGCCGAGUGCCUCUUUCCACUGGGCAGCAGGGACGGAGGGCAGCGAGGAAGCAGGGCUGGGGGCCUGGCUGGCCUCUCGUGGGGCCCCAGGGAUGCAGGCAGUGCCUGGCGGAUGCCUCUGUUAGCAGCUGCCAGUGUCCAAACCUGAGAGAGGGGGCGGCCAGUGCUGCCUCUGCCUUCCUCUGCUGUGCAGCACUUAAAUAAGCUAUGGCAUCCGUAAUGUAUUUAUUUUCGGGGAUCUGCUGUCCCUUCCCAAGGGGCAGCUGUGGGGACAGCCAGUGGCUCUCGCGGUCCCCUCCCUCCCGUGCUGCUGAAGCCAUGGCACUUUAGGUUCUUGGAUGCUCUCUGAAGAAGAGCGGACGCUCCGGGUGCUGCAGGGGAGCGCGGCCUCCGCUGCCUGGCACGACAGUGGAAUGAGCUGCCUACUGCCAGGACUGGGGCGCUGCGGGACUGGGGAGCGGCUCCUCCUGAGGACCCCUCCUGGAGGUGGCUCACCUGGAGCGAUUUCAACCUCAGUGAUGUUUACUCUGUCCCUGAAGCUCUUCUCCCUCCAUCAGUACCCAAAGGAGAGUCUAAAAUUAAGCCCCUAAUCUGGUCUUGGCCUGGAUGACGGGGGCCAGCAGGGACCCUGGGAGCUGGGUUGGGGCCGGAAAGGAGCCGAUUCCCAGGCACGGGCAUUGUCUGUGCCGCGGGCUGCAGAUGGACCGAAGGGAGGCAGCAGCUAUGGUCUGGAAAUGCACCGAUGGCUUUACCAGCUCUGGUGGCCUUUGUUUUUUGCCCUUGUUCCACUGUGCCCCAGCAGGUGCCCACGGCUUUAUCCAAACCCCUGUACUCAGAUUUUCUGUCAUCACAGGACUCCCAGCAAGAGCGGAGCCCUUUGUGCCUGCGCACAGGACCCACAUCCAGCUCUGCUCUCACACGGCAAAGGAACAGCCUCUGCCUCCUCCCCAGGGCUGUGAGAUCUCCCCUCCCCUGGUGCGGCGCAGUAGUGAGCGAGGCACAGAGGGGUUGUUUGUACUGAGUUGUGCUCUUCACUUUGGCAUCGAAUAAAUAUUCUGCUAA